GGGCAUCGGCUUCCGGUUUUCUAGUUCCAGGGUUUAAAGAGCUCGCCGAGCCCGUCGUGCGCCGGCCCAGCAAGAGCCCACUACUUUCCGCCAUCGUCAUCGCCGUCGACAUCGCCGGCGCCGACCUCUCCGUCUCCGCGCGCGGCAAUGGCAUUCUCCUUCGCCUCGCCGCCGAACCCCUUCCAGACGCCGGCUGCGUCGAAUCCCUUCCAGACGCCAGCUGCGUCCAACCCCUUUCAGACGCCGGCGGCGCCGAAUCCGUUUCAGACGCCGACUCCGGCCACCUCACAGGCGCCGUCCCUAUCGCCCUCGCCGUUCCAGUUCAGCUUCCAGCCGCAGCCGCAGCAGCAGCCACAGCAGCAGGUGGCGCCGGCGGCGCAACCUCAGCAGCCGCAGCCACAGCAUCAGAAGCUGAUGCUGUACACGACGGAUAUGAAACCCGCUGGGUACAACACCAAGUGGGAGGAGCUGCACGCCGAGUCGCAGAAGGCUUUGCUCCAGAUCGAGGACAAGGUACGAGACUACAGAGACGAGUGUGAGAGGUUGGAUCAGUGCAGUCGCCUUUAUGACUCCUCAAUCUCAAAUGUAAAUUUUGAGCUUGAUGCAAGUCGGAUUGUUCAGCAGGAACUUGGAGGGACCACCACUGUAAUGGAGAGAGAGAAGGCUUCCAUUCAAGAGUUGAUGAAUGUUGUCAAUGAAAUGAUGUGGAACACGGAAUUUGCUAUUAGGUCGUAUCUGAUGUUGAGGCCAAGAUUCACCCGUACAGGUGCUGGAGUUGCAAAUGGUGGUUCUUCAAAUCCUUCUGCUGGUGCUCCACCCAAUCAGCCAGUGUUAGAUUUCUACAGUGGAGUCCCAAAGCGCCCUUCCAUUUUUAUGCAGCACACUGUCAAUAGGUUUGAGUGCUAUCUUGCGGAGUGUUGCAAGUGGAUUGGGGAGCUAGAGCAGCUGGUUCAAAUUGAGACAAAUAAAAUAUCAUCAGAUUCUCUAGAUUCUCUUCCAAAAGUUAUGUCAAAUGUGCAUGAUUACUUCAUCUAUGUUGCUUCUAAGGUGGAAAAUCUUCAUCAAUAUGUUGAAUCAAUGAAAGCUGAAUAUCUUAAUGAACAACGCCGCAACGGCAAUGGGAGCAAUCCAUUUCUAGAGGCAAACAGACGAGAGGCAGCUAAACAAGAAGCAGCUGCCAGAAGGGUCCAUCCAACACUGCAUUUGCCUGCCCCUGCGCAGCCCAUGCCACAAAUCGCUGCACCAGCUACAAGCCAACCGCAGCAACCUUCCUUUCCGUCUGCUGCGACUUCCUCAAGUGCCUUUUCAACUUUUAGCACACCGGCUUCUGCUCCAUCCUCAUCUAGUCUGUUUGCAACUCCAACAACUCCAGCUCCAUCAGCCAACCUUUUUGGUGCAUCUGGGUCGGCUCAGUUGACCACACCAUUUGGGACAGCCUCCACUCCAACAUUGGCAUCAACACCUGCUCCUGGAUUUGGGACUAGCACUACAUCUUUGGGUGGAACAUCUCUAUUUUCUACACCAUUUGGAGGUGGGGCUACAGCUUCAGGUUCCAGCUUUGGUGGUGCAUCGAAAGGAAGGUCGAAGCCCCGGGGACGACGCUAGAUGUAAAUGUGGAUGCUAUUGAUUCUCUUGACUGUUACUUCGUCCAUUUUAUGCAGAAAUUGUAACUAAUCCCCGCCCCCCUCAAAAAAAACUAGUGGAGUUUUAGGUGACUUAUUGCAUGCUUACUACUCUAACCUUUUUGUACUAGUUGUCAUAAAGUUUUAAUCCCUAUGCCCCUUCAUAAUCU